AUGUUUCCAUCCAUCCGCGCACAACAACAAGAAUGGAACAUGCUGCAAAUAGAAGAGAGAAAGGCACAUAAUUCUGUAGGUUAUUGAGGUUCUUUGUAUCUUCUUGCUAAAGUAAAACCAUAUAGGAUUGUGAAAAUGGAGAAGACUGCUGUUCAAGAGCUGUUAUGUAGCAGCAAAAAGAUAGAAAGGGAUCGAGGUUUGACGGAACUUCAGCGUAUUAUUAACUCUGCUGAGCCAGACGAUAUCGAAAGCCUGGAAGUAAACUUCGUGGGCCUACUGCAAAGUCAUGACUCGGAAUGGGAGACGAAGCAGGGUGCUCUUCAGGGAAGUCGCAUGCUUGUUGCAAACCCAUGGAGCUCUGAGAAUUUUGGAAGUCAAUUGAAAGUGCAUGUCUUAGAUUUACUUAAUCACAAUGAGGCUCGUGUGCGAUUAAGUGCAGGAGAAGUUCUUGGAAGUUUAUGCAAACGUUUUGGUGUCGAUUCAUACGUAUCGUGCAAAGAGCUUAUCACCGAAGGCAUCAGGAGCAACUUGGAGAGAAUUCCACUGACAGAGUCUGGACUUGAUGAAAAGAAAAAUACUCAGUCACUGGUAGAGAAACUUGCAGGGUCAAAUGAGGGAUCAGGUUCAUUGGUAGGGACAUCGGCUGAACAAAUAUUUCAUGACACUGCCGGGUGGAAGAAUCUAGAAACUUGGAUGAAAUGUCUGCAAUGUGUAGUCGAGGGAUGCGGAAUCAGUUUUGCACCACAGAUUGACCAAAAUCUGUUAGACUUAAUAUUCCAGGCGUUGGUACACACCAACCGUUUUGUGCGUGAGACUGGAUUUCAAGUCUGUGCUGCAUUUGUCAGUUGCACGGCAACGCGUAGUGAUGAUCGGGAGUCUAUGGAAAUGGAUGGAGAGCUCAGUGAUAGCAACCCAAUGGUACAUUUUGGAGAACAGUUUACCAGCCAUUUAUCUAAUGGCCUGGCAGACAACUGGAGUCAGGUUAGGCUGGCGGCGUCUGUUGCAACCCGCAAGUUCCUCCUAAAUUUACCCAGCGAAGCUGCCAAAGAGAAAUUUUAUCCUGCUCUUCUGCCAAGGAUGUGCCUCAACAGGUAUUAUGUUGCUGAAGGUGUUAGAAUAUAUUCACAAGAGACGUGGAGACAAGUGACUCAUUCAGAAGGGAAACAAUUAGUGGAGAAAUACAUACAAGAAGUGGUCAUAUACUACAUAAACCAGACUUUGGCUGACAACCACGCUGUAAGGGAGGCAGCUUGUGCGUGUAUCGCUGAGCUUGGUUCCAAGAUUGACAAGGAAGUUGUAAGACCUCAUGUGGAAGAUCUUCUGAAAGCUCUGCUGGAUUGCUUCAAAGAUGAGAGCUGGCCAGUGAGGGACGCUGCCUGUGUUGCAUGUGGCAAUUUCGUUUUGUGUUUCCCAGAGGAAUCGAAGCCAUCAAUGGAUGCUCUUUAUCCCCUCUUCUUUGGGAACAUUGCUGAUAACAUUCCGUCCGUACGACAAGGUGCUGCAGUUGCUCUUGGAAAUGUUGCCAAAGCUUAUGGAGAAGGUGCAAUAUGUAUUUUACUUGACAAGAUUAAAGAGGGGAUAGCAGGGCUAGAAAAGCAGCCAGAGUCAUCGGAACGUUAUAGCAGCUUAGAUAAAGAUCCGGCAACAUUUGGGGUCGUGAAACGUUUGAGAGAUAACGAUAUGGAACUUCAUUCAAAUAAGCAGAUGUACUCUUGCGGUUCAUUAGCACCAAAGAUGGGGCGUGGCAGCAAAGGAGGUUGCAUGGAUCACCAGUUUAAGAGACCCUCUGAACCAUGGGAGCUGUGUGAUGGGUGUAUAUAUCUGUUGUCCGAACUUUCAACAAUAAAAUCAACCGAAGAAUCAGUCGUGGAGAUGUUGCCAUCGGUUGCUGACUGUGGCAGGAAUCACAACUACACACAACAUGUGUGUCUUCUUGAAACCAUAUGCAAGCAGUUACCAAUCAUUGCAAAAAAUAUAGAAAAAAGAAGAUUUAAGUCUCAUUUGGAUAAAUUUUUAGAUCCUUUAUUUUAUGCAUUGUCAUGUGAUAGUGCCUUAACGAGUAGUGCAGCGAGUUUAUGUUUAAUUGAAAUUGGCAAAUACGUGGGCCCCAACAUCUUGAAGGGGCGAGUGGAGAAUUACAAUGCAAGUUACGUGGAUAAGCUUCUCGCGAACCAAUUCUCAGGAUGUUUCUGAGAGAACCUUCAUCUGACAAAUCACGCCAACAUACACUGAUAGAUCAUGGAAUACCGUAAAUGGUAUGUUGGAGGAAUUAAACCAUCAAUAUUUUAAAUAAUGGUAUUGAAUGAUUGAGCAACCAAUUACAUGCUUGAAAUAAUAAUACGCUUGUUUGGGGAUCGAAAGGCCAUAGAUUUUCCAGAUAAUAUGCAAUGAAUUCUGUAUAAUAAUAUGCUGAUUGACAGAGCAAAGUAAAUGUGCACAUGUUAAGGGUGUAAGUGAAUACUGCAUAAUCUAUGCUUGUUCAGGCUGCAAGUUUGUAUUAAUCAUUGGAUGUUGCAUAAGAUUUUAUAACUUCAGAUUCACAAUACUGUAGCAGAUAAAAUAGUGAGCAGGUACCUAUGCUAAGUAUGUGUUAGCUUAUUCAUAUUGCUGCCUUUUAACUUUUAAGAGUAAGAAAGACUGCGAAAAAUAAUAAACACAAAUCGACAAUAUCUAUGGUGACCCUAAAAAAUGCUCAAAUUCAUCGAAGAGUGGUGUGUGGUAAAGCGUGCAAGGUAUUGGACUUCAGAUUUGCGAGAUCGGGAGUUAUAGACAAAAAACUUAAAAAUUAUAACAACGUACAAUUACAGUUAUUGCAGAUAGAAAAUUCAUUUUAUAGCCUGUCAUUUGGAAAGUCUGUUUUAUUUCCCCAUCAACAAUUUCUGUCAAUUUCAGUAAACCUUGAUUAUAUGUUAUUGGUACUGAAAGUAAUUCAUAAUAAAAAACAAUAAUGAUGAAAGGAUUACUAAGAUUAGAAAAGAGUUGUUGUACUACAGUAUGUCUGUCUGUAAAACAUAAUACUGUAUAGAGCUUUUCCUUACAGUAUUGCAAUAAUGAGAUGUUUUAAAUUAUGACUGAUGUAUUAAUGUAAAUGUUUAAUUACCAGUUUAUAAAUAUUAAAAAUAGGUAGAAUGAUGUCAUAUUUUAUUAAGCAUUUCUAUUUUAUAUGGUCUUUGCUUAGACUAAGUUUGAAGAUGAUCCCAGCUUGGAAAAUGACCAAAGUGUAGGCUAGAAAAAAAAGCCAUAUGCAGAACAUAGAGAAAACGCCUGGAUAGAAGAGAAUAUUAAUUGCGACAGAAAGAAUAGCUUUUCUGUUGUCGCUCGUUUGGUCGUGUAUUUCAUGAAAGGUCUUACUUAAUUUCCUUGGAACAUGUAAAAUGUAUGUUAUUAGAAAUUUAGGAUUAAAGUGUGCUUGCAAGUGUCAAAAACUGGUAGCUAAAUUUCAUGAUAAUAAAAAUAGAAACAAAAUACUUUGAUAAAAGCAUAGUGAAAUACUGGAACACAUAAAUGUAGAGAAACAUAAAACAAUGAAUAUAAUACGAGUUUAUUUGGACCAGAACAGCCCAAUAAAAACAAUAUAAUAUUACCGUUAUGCCCCACCCUCUGAUAAUAGGUAGUUUUCGCCGCACGAUGUUAACCUUAACUUUAACGGUAGUACCCAACAUGCAGCGCGAUAGCUCCACCCCUUUUGUAAACAAAUCUAAAUAUGCAUGUGCAAUCCUGUAACUAACGUACGUCGAGCACGUAAAAUCUUGAAAUUAACGUACUCCGCUACACAAGAUGAAUAAAUUAUGAUGUCAUCCAUUAACGUUAAGGUUAACGUCGUGCAGCGAAAACUGCCUAUUGUUCUUUACGGUCCCACGAAACCAUAGUGUAAACGUACAUAAACAUGUGCAUUUGUUUUUGGGACAGCACGUUCAUACUGUGGGACAAAUGUGUAUUGCUAGUCCUGUUCUGAUAUGUCAGUUGUCACGUUUGAUUGACACCCAGGAAAAUCAAUUGCAACAGGUUUAUUUCUGUGCAUCGAAAAUGUUUGAGAAUCAGAAAUCUCAGUUUUAAAAAGAUAUCAAUGCAUUCAAUUAUUGCGGGUUGAAAAGUAUUUUAGUCUCUUCAUUUGCAAAGUUGUUUCAUUCGUUUGAUUUCUGUAUAAGCACUUCUGUAAACCUUGAUUAGGAGUUUUUUUACAUGAUUCCAAAGCAGAAAAAUCAUUUAAAUUUAAUGGUGAAAUUAUUUCUAAAAUAUAAUUGUUCCUGAAUUAAUAAUAAUUAAAUAAUUUUUUAUUAAUUCAAACUUAAGAUGUACUGUACUGUCUGUUGCGAAAUUGAAAAAUAAAAACACUUGAAAAAUUCAAAUAAAACAUUGAAUACAGUAGCUCAUUUGAAAUGAUCCGAUGGUUAACAAAUUCCAAUGGCAUGUCAAAGUGAUUAAAUUUAUAAAUUUUUAUAUGCAACAAAAAAAAAAAAA